AUGCGUAUCGUGGCGACCAAUGUUCCCGCUGACGACGGUGCACCACAUGUCAGAUCUGCGCCCAUCGGUCAUUCCAUCAAGAUUAGCCAGGUGCUCAAGCAGCCCGUGCCGCCGGGCAGAGUUGCCAGGCUGAUCAUUGAUGGUGAAGGCGACACCGAAGGAUAUCUCAGCUGCCCUGCGGAGACCGCGGACUCGUUCGUCGAACAACACAUGGCGUUACUGAACGGCGUUGCUGAGCAGCGGAAGUUGGAGCUCAUGGAUGCCGGUGGCGGCGACCUGUGCCUUGUCAUAUACGUUACCCUCAUGUGA